AUGUCAUAUGGAUGUGGGACUGUUUGCUUGCCAAUUAUUCGAAGGGCUCUCCUUUUUUUUAUGGGAGUAGAAGCCACAUAUUCUGGUUAUGAAUUAUUUUUAAAACCUGGAGCCAUUUACGCUUAUUAUCGUUUCAAUGAUAUUUUUUCUAUUGAUAAGAAAUAA